CACCUCGCCCUCCUUCCCUUCCUUACACCACCCUCUCCCCUUUCACCUGAAAAAAAACCCCCACACAUUUUCCUAAUUUUUUCCUCUAUUAUAAUGUUAUCAUCAUUCAUCAAAAUGGCGCCGCUUUUCAAGCAUCUUCUAGCAACUGCCUUUUUUUUUUAAAAAAAAGAAUUAAUUGCCUAUAAAUUGUCCUAAGCUGUGAAAAAGGUGGAUAGGAAAGAGGAGUGGGGUGUGUGUGUGUCUCUCUCCUGUGCCUGUCUCUGCGUUUCAGCCUUGACCCUCUCUGCUGCACAAGCCCAGAGUUGAGCUCUCCUAUGCUGUGCCCCAUCCCCUUUUGCAAGCGUUUUUUUUCUUCCUUUUCUUAUAGGGAAAUAGUUGGAGAAACUAUAAAGGGAUCAGAGAGGUGGAAGAGGAGUGAUUGGUGUGUGCUCGUUUGUGCAUGUGCAUUUCAGCCUUGACUCUCACUGCUGCACAAGCCCCAGAGCUGAGCUCGCCUCUAUCUCCCCCGUCUCCUUUUUUUCUUUUUAGGGAAACAAUUGGAGAAAACUGUAAAGGGAUUAGGGAAGUGGGAGAGGAGUGGUGUGUGUUCAUGUAUGCAUGUGCCUUUCAGCCUUGACUCUCAGUGCUGCACAAGACCAAAGCUGAGCUAUCUAUCCCCCCCUCCUUUUUUUUGGAAACAAUUGGAGAAACUAUAAAGGGCUCAAUGGCGGCAGCCAAGGAGCACUUUCACUCCCUUCCUACCGCCAUUUAGUAUUGUUAUUCCAGUAUGGUUUGGGGAGAAUCUCCAGGUGGGAAAGGAAAGGAGGUUGGGCGCCGGUUUCCUUCGUGCACCCACUUUCUGUUUCAGAGAGAAAUGUUGCACAGAUUUGUGCUUCCUGGGGCUGGGUCACGCCGGCGAGGGGCUGUGUGCGCGCGCGUGUUGUGUGUGUGUCAGAGAGAGGUUUGCGGAGGGAGGGCGGGAGUUGCCUGUCUUGGUGCGGUGACUUGUUAGUUAACAUCGUGCUCUUCCUGGAUGAGAUGAGUUAUAACGGGACCAGCAUCUCCUCUAUUCAUUUGCACUGGAGCCUUCAUAACAAUGCACCGAGGCAGAGAGGACGGCCAAUAUUUUCUAAAGGUCCUCAUACCUAGUUAUGCGGCUGGAUCUAUAAUUGGGAAGGGAGGACAAACAAUUGUUCAGUUGCAGAAAGAGACUGGGGCUACCAUCAAGCUUUCUAAAUCCAAAGACUUUUACCCAGGUACGACAGAGCGGGUGUGUUUGAUCCAGGGAACAGUGGAAGCACUAAAUGCAGUGCAUGGAUUCAUUGCUGAAAAGAUUCGAGAAAUGCCUCAAAAUGUGGCCAAGACAGAACCUGUUAGCAUCCUGCAGCCUCAGACAACCGUCAAUCCGGACCGCAUCAAACAAACAUUGCCAUCAUCCCCAACUACCACCAAGUCCUCUCCAUCUGAUCCCAUGACCACCUCCAGAGCUAAUCAGGUAAAGAUUAUAGUUCCCAACAGCACAGCAGGUCUGAUAAUAGGGAAGGGAGGUGCUACAGUCAAGGCUAUAAUGGAGCAGUCAGGGGCUUGGGUGCAGCUUUCUCAGAAACCUGAUGGGAUCAACUUGCAAGAGAGGGUGGUCACUGUAAGCGGAGAACCUGAACAAAACCGAAAAGCUGUUGAACUUAUCAUCCAGAAGAUACAAGAGGACCCACAGAGUGGCAGCUGUCUCAAUAUCAGUUAUGCUAAUGUCACAGGUCCAGUGGCCAAUUCCAAUCCAACCGGAUCUCCUUAUGCAAACACUGCUGAAGUAUUGCCAACAGCUGCAGCUGCUGCAGGGCUAUUAGGACAUGCAAACCUUGCUGGAGUUGCAGCCUUUCCAGCAGUUUUAUCUGGCUUCACGGGCAAUGACCUGGUCGCCAUCACCUCUGCACUUAAUACGUUAGCCAGCUAUGGAUAUAAUCUCAAUACAUUAGGUUUAGGCCUGAGUCAGGCAGCAGCUACUGGGGCUUUGGCUGCAGCAGCUGCCAGUGCCAAUCCAGCAGCAGCAGCAGCCAAUUUGUUGGCCACCUAUGCGAGUGAAGCCUCAGCCGGUGGCAGCACUGCUGGUGGUACGGCGGGGACAUUUGCAUUAGGUAGCCUGGCUGCUGCUACUGCUGCUACCAAUGGAUAUUUUGGAGCUGCUUCUCCUCUAGCUGCCAGUGCCAUUCUAGGAACAGAGAAGUCCACAGAUGGUUCAAAGGAUGUAGUUGAAAUAGCAGUGCCAGAAAACCUAGUUGGUGCAAUACUUGGAAAAGGAGGGAAAACAUUAGUAGAAUACCAGGAGUUGACUGGUGCGAGGAUACAGAUCUCUAAAAAGGGAGAAUUCGUACCUGGCACAAGGAAUCGGAAGGUCACAAUUACUGGAACACCAGCUGCAACCCAGGCCGCACAGUAUUUAAUAACACAACGGAUCACGUAUGAGCAAGGAGUCCGGGCUGCCAAUCCACAGAAAGUGGGUUGAUUGUGCUAAACGUGAGAUUGU